AUGGGCAAUUGUCUCAAAUCGCCGACGUCGGACGAUAUAUCUUUGCUUCACGAGUCUGACAGAGGAAGUUAUGGGGACGCAGACGCGGAUUUGGAGCCACCUCCGCCUUAUCAGGUCAGACUUUAUAGGAACUUAGCUAGAUAGUUUUAUGAGUUAUUUAGCUAGCUAAUGUUAGCUAGUCACUGGUGUGAAGUAGGGCUAUGAUAAUUGACAGAAUCAUGCAAGACCCAGGGUAGGGGUCAAAUGCAUUGAAAAUCUUUAGGGAAUCUGGUCAAAUUUUCCCAGAUUAUUUAGCUAGCUAGCUAAUGUAUUUUAUUUUGUACUCUUCUAGAGGUAUGCAAUGACUAACAUGACAAGAGGAAUUGAUGAUGCACUACCCAAUUUCAAAAUAGCACCUUUUGCAUUGUACUAUUACAUUUAUAUUUACAUUUUAGUCAUUUAGCAGACACUCUUAUCCAGAGCGAUUUACAGUUAGUGAGGGCAUACAUUUUUCAAUCACUAACUUUAAAGAGUUAGUUUAAAGCUGGACUGAGUUCCUUUAAAACAUUUAUUAAUGUAUUUUGUUGUGGGGGGAGGGGGUGGCAGUCUUUCUGCAUCAACAUUAUCAAUUGAAACCAAUUUAAGCCAAGCCAAACUCUUAUAGGCGGGGUGAAGCCGAGCUAGGCGGGGGGCCCAUCCCACCUCACCCUUACAGUGAUUGGUAAAACACUGGGUUGUGCGAUCAGUCCAGUUGAGUUGGCCUGUGUAUUGACUCUGUAUGUGUGUGUCUUUUCUCCAGGAGCAGGCCCAUAUGCCAGUGUACCACCCCACCCCCAGCCAGGCCCGCCUGGCCACCCAGCUGACUGAGGAGGAGCAGGUCCGUAUCGCCCAGCGAAUCGGCCUCAUCCAGCACCUCCCCCGUGGCGUCUAUGACGGAGGACGGGAUGGCUCCGAGAAAAAAAUCAGAGAGUGAGCAUCUGCAUACCACUGUUUUUAUAUUAGCUUACCACUGUUUUUAUUAUUGGAUAUUAUAUAUUGAUAUAAUUAGUUUACCACUGUUUUUAUUCUCUGAUUUUAUUGAUAAAGAUCACUGAUCAUGUGACCUGACCAGGUAAAACUCUGGCCCUAGUUGUAACAUGUAACUGUGUGUUUAACAUAACUAGUGCCCAGUUUUUCCUGGUCAGGUAAUGUGCUCAGGAAAAAUAUACCACAGACUCUAAUCAAAACCACUGUUCAUAAUGAUAUAAAACCCAUUUUAUAGGUGUGUGAUAUGUAUGAUGGACUUUGUGUACGGGGACCCCAUCCGCUUCCUGCCCUGUAUGCACAUUUACCACAUGGACUGUAUAGAUGACUGGCUGAUGAGGUCCUUCACCUGUCCCUCCUGCAUGGAGCCUGUGGAUGCUGCCCUGCUUUCCACCUACGAGACCAACUGA